CAUGGGCCUGAGCUUCAGCAUAGACGAUCAUUCAGAUGGACGCAAAGAGGUGAGUACAGCUUCUUUCACAUCACCAUAUCCAUUUCCUUUUGUUUACUGUAGAUGGCGAUUCAUGAUCUUAUUCCCGGAGGUCGAGAUGUUCCAGUGACUGAGGAAAACAAGCAUAACUAUGUGAAUCAUGUCGCCGACUACCGCUUGACAGGCUCGAUCAAGCCGCAGAUAGACGCGUUUCUGGAUGGUUUCUACGAACUGAUAUCGAAGGAUUUGAUAUCCAUUUUCGAUGUCAAGGAGCUAGAGCUGCUCAUAAGUGGGCCUCCUGAUGUAGACGGUAUGUUUCUUCUUCUUGUCAAACCUCUCUCAGAGUGUGAUUUUGUGUGCUUGCAGUUGAAGAGUUGCAAAAAGUUGCAAGAUGUGAACAUACUUAUUGUAUUUCAUGACUGGGUCUUCCAAGGUAUGACAAAAGAUCUUAUACUUUUUUACAAGCUUUUGUUUCACCAGAUUUCAAACACGGGCCUUUUGAUAACUGAAGGUGGUGAAUGGAAUCAAUUACCAACGGCAUAUACUUGCUCUGGGACUAUCGUUCUUCCUCACUAUCAGUCGAGAGAGCAAUUGGAAGAGAAACUCUUGCUUGCUAUUCGCGAAGGCUGCGAAGGUUUUGGCUUUGUAUAGAGAAAUUAUUUCGAUCAAUGUAAAA